UUCAAUGUUAAUAAGUGUUAGAUAGAAAAUUUAAUUGCAUGCUUUACCCUGUCAUUCAUGGUCACAUAAGGUUUCGUACUACAAAUAAACGGAUUAAGCGAAACGCCGUGAACUCGUAAGCCUCUUCGUAUUUGUACUUUCGUCGCUUUUAACAUCCUGUUGUAGAAGAAAGAAGAUGGAAGAAGUCUAUGACUAUUCUCAACAUAGAUACUAUAUUAACAUCGAUUUGGGCUAUGACUUUAUCACCUCCGGAAAAGCAGUCAUUGAUAAUCGUUACAUGAUUCUUAGAAGUUCUGAACUCGGAUACCGGACCUCAAUUUUGUAUGACACUACCACCAGAAAUGUCAUUGCCAGAGGAAUCAAGGCCGAUGAAGCGAAUGAGGAUCAGAAAGGGCUCCAGGAAGGCGUUAUUUAUGUACGCAACACCUUAAGCGAGCUUGCUGACAUUUAUUUAAAAUCAAAGCAACAAUCCUUCGACACUACGGCACUGUACGCGCUCUUGUACGAGGAAGCUAUAGACCUGUUACAAAAAAUACUGGAUCAACAUAGAAAAGAGUUGAUUGCAAGUGAAAAUAUAAAUUUUUUUUAUUCUUUGAAUCUUCCAACCAGUUGGGAUCAUGAAAUAAGAGAAGAAUUGUUCCUGCCUCUAUUCGUAAAAGCUGGUCUUCUUCAUGAAAAUGAUGGUCCGGGCAGGCUACUGUUUUUUUCGAUGUUAGAGUUGAAUUUUCAGAGCAUGCAAAUACAAGGAUACGGUCCUAGAACUAGAGACAUAAAGUAUGGUGAUCAGCGCGUUAUGUGUACAAUAGAUUAUCAAGGUACAUACUCUGUGGAUUUGAAAUUGGUAUCAGCUCAAUAUCCUGCUUUCAGAUUAGCAAACAGAGACAUGGUGCCACAAUUGUUGAAACAAGCUCAUUUAGUAAUCCCGUUUGGACUAAAGGAACUACGAUUGUCAUUAAUAGCAUGUGUGGAAAAGCAUUGUGAUACUACGUUAUCAUCAGAAUCUAUCGACGACAUGCUUGAAAAACUCAGUCAAGUUUACAAAGAAUUUGAAAUUUUCGAAUAUAUAAGUGCUGAUUUAGAUGGUCAGCCAUUGCCAGAUUUGAAAUCUCGCUGGACGAAUGACUCAAUCACUUUAGGGGACAUACUUGAACAUUUUUCUGGUUUUGUUGAAAAAUUCUUUAGAAAUGAAGUAGAUAAAUUUCUUGUAGGCAAGAGCAAUACAGUACCCAGGCCAAUAGACAUUUUUUACACAAGUCGAAUCCCGAGAACUUUUUUCGCUAUGGGGCUAAUCUCAUCAUUUUAUUGUUGGUCGAAAAAGUAUUUCUGGGAACUAAAAGAAUUUUACAUAUCCGUGGAAAUCGGUGAUGAUUCCCCCGUAUUCGAAACAUUUGACUAUGAUCACCGAACAGAUGCAAUUGAAAAGCUUUUAGUCUACCGAAUGGAAGAAUUUAACGUGCGCAGAAACCCAGUUAUACUACCCAAAAAAGCAACAAUGGAAGAACCCAAAAGUUGCUUAAAAUCUAUUAUCUUCAUCAAUAUCGACAUAUUGCCUACACGAAUCCAGACUGCUUUUACAUACCUAGAUAAAGGUAGACAAGUUGAACAGAAGCAAAAGUUUGAAUGGUAAUGGAGAUAGACGUCAAAAUAUCUUUUAAAAGAAAAUCCAACUAAGUUCUAUUUUAUGGCAUAAUAGUGAUAUUCAACCGUUAAA